GGUUUUUGACCAAACUUCAGGAACGUGAUGCUAGAAUUCAGACUCUAGAAGAUCAGUUAAAAACCAUGAAAUCUAGUCUUGCAGAGAAGACAAAUUCUCUGAUGCUUGCAACAGCACAAAGACGAGAUUUGACUGAUAGAUUGGCAGCAAUGAAGCUCUACAAAGAUAGAGCAUUGAUCGCUGAGAAACAAGUCUCAGAGCUCACCGAUGACAACCAAAAAUUGAAAGUACAACUAGACUUCUCUCAUCAAAAAGCAAGCGCAUUUAAAGAUGAAUCAGAGGCCCACAAAGAAGAGCUUUAUAAGCAGUCAGAUCUCUUGAAAACUAAAGAGAACACAAUUAGCCAUCUUAACAUCGCAUUGGAUGUAAAACAAAAGCAAAUCGAUGCUCAGACAGAGGAACUUAAGAGACAACGCAAACUUGCAGAAGAGACAGAAGUUGAGGCGAGAAGAAAUCGCCUAAAUGAAGAAACAUCAAUGAAACGAUUAAAGCGAAAAGAUGAAGAAAAUUUGAGCCUACGAAAGGAAGUCACGGGACUAAAAAAGGCUUUGAGUGAAACUGAGAUGAAGUUGUCAAAACUAGAUGUGAAAUUCCAAUUCCUCCAGGAACACCUUAAAAGUGCUCACACAGAAAAAACAGGCCUGCUGAAAGAAAAACGAAUUCUGGAACAUUCUUUAGCUAAUUAUGAGAAAGAGAUUAUCGAAACACAGACAGUCCUGCAAAAGUUCCAGCAAGACAAUAAGUUUCUUAAGGAUCAAGUGGAGCAGCUCAAGGCAAAGCUGGCUGACGAGAUUCGUAGCAGCAAGAAAAAUAAGAUAAAAUUUGAAAAAGACCUCUUGCAGAAACAGGAAGAAUAUACCAAACUAAAGACGCAGACAGAAGACACUCUGGCAAAGAACAGGAGAGCUACAGAAGCAAUUUUCUAUAGUGAGAGAAAAACUGGAAUACUGGCAGACACAAUCCGCGAACAGGAAUGUAAGAUUAUAGAGCUAUCUAAGGAAGUUCUAAGACUCCAUGAGAAUGAACAGAAAUUUAAAAUGGUUAAAGAAACAUAUUCUAAGGUAGAAAGGCUAUGGAUGGAUGAGGAUAAAGGAGAUCUUAUAAUUCUCCCAGAUGACGACACAAAAAAUGAGAAACUCAGAAUGUAUCGAUCUGAGAUCCACAGAUUGUCCACAAAACUGAAAGAGAAGGAAGGAGAAAUUAAGGAUCUCAAGCUUGAGGAGGAGAAGCUGCAGCAAGUGCUGAAAAAUCUCAAGUGUAAGUUAGACCUACUGCCAGAAGAUACAUUGCAUAGAGUGCAGGAGAGUCAGAUCACUGCUAAAGCUCUCAGAAGACAGAUCAAAGCCCUAGAGAAAGAGAUAAGUGUACUUUUAACAAAAAUAAAGACGCAAGAGGACAACAUCACAGGGUUGAAAAAUAAAAUUUCAGAUAUCUCAUUUUCACAGAAGGAUAAAAUUCCGCCAAUUCAGUCAAAUAAUAUCAAACUGAAAUCUGAGGACACAGACCCAAAGCCGACGAAAUCCCAAAAUAUUAUUUAUCUUCCACCUAUUCAUAUCACUUCAUGUGGAAAGACAAAAUCAAAAUAUCUCCACAGACGGUCAAAAUGA